CUCAGAUUGUCCAUGAGGAAAUAACUCUUCAUUUUCCCCGCCUCUGGCCUGAUAUCACAGUCUUCAGAAAAAGAGGAUCUGCAUCUGGAAAUCAGAAUAAAACAAGCAGGCUGCACCCUGAGAGGCCGUCCUCAGUUGCUGGGAGCCCUUGUGCCGGGCCUUCUCUCCUUGUUGCCUUCCAGAAACAAGCUGCCGUCUGGGAGGCAGAAGAUGCCCCACUCCAGUCUGCAUCCAUCCAUCCCACGGCCCAGGGGUCACAGGGCCCAGAAAGCAGCCUUGGUCCUGCUAGGUGCCUGCCUGGUGGCCCUCUGGGGGCUGGGGGAGCCGCCAGACUACACUCUGCAGUGGCUGGUGCUCCACCUGGCCUCCCAGCAGAUGGGGCUGCUGAUCAAGGGGGUCUGCAAUCUGGUCGAGGAGCUGAGCCACGUCCAUUCCAGGUACCAAGGCAGCUACUGGAAGGCUGUGCGGGCCUGCCUGGGCUGCCCCAUGCGCCGUGGGGCCCUGCUGCUGCUGUCCUGCUAUUUCUACUUCUCCCUCCCAAACGUGGCUGGCCUGCCCUUCACUUGGAUGCUUGCUCUCCUGGGCCUCUCACAGGCACUUAACAUCCUCCUGGGCCUCCAGGGCCUGGCCCAAGCAGAGAUCUCUGCAAUCUGUGAAAAAAGGAACUUCAAUGUGGCUCAUGGGCUGGCCUGGUCAUAUUAUAUUGGGUACCUGCGGCUGAUCCUCCCAGGGCUCCAGGCCCGGAUCCAAAUUUACAAUCAGUUCCACAACAAUGUGCUACGGGGCGCAGGAAGCCAACGGCUGCACAUCCUCUUCCCGUUGGACUGUGGGGUGCCUGACGACCUGAGCAUGGCUGACCCUAACAUUCGAUUCCUACACAAGCUGCCCCAGCAAAGUGCUGACCGUGCUGGCAUCAAGGGCCGGGUUUACACCAACAGCAUCUAUGAGAUUCUGGAGAAUGGGCAGCCGGCAGGCAUCUGUAUCCUGGAAUAUGCCACCCCCUUGCAGACCCUGUUUGCCAUGUCACAGGAUGGCCGAGCUGGCUUUAGCCGGGAGGACCGGCUUGAACAGGCCAAACUCUUCUGCCGGACACUUGAAGACAUUCUGGCAGCUGUCCCUGAGUCUCAGGACAACUGCCACCUCAUUGUCUACCAGGAACCGGCAGAGGGAAGCAGCUUCUCCUUGUCACAGGAGAUUCUCCAGCACCUUCGGCAGGAGGAAAGGGAGGUUACCAUGGGCAGCAUGGGGACCUCGGUGAUGCCCGUUUCCUCCACACUGUCCCAAGAGCCUGAGCUCCUCAUCAGUGGCAUGGAACAGCCUCUCCCGCUCCGCUCGGAUAUCUUCUGAGGCCCAGGGUCACCUUCCCUGAGCCCCUGGCCAUCCCCAAGACUCUGGAUUGGAGGAUUUCUUUCUUCAGCAGCUAGAGGCCUAGCAAAGCCAUUUCCUCCCAUAGAGGGCCUCUCAGAGAAGGUCCCUGAGUUUGACAUCUCAAGAUGAAUCCUAUGACCUUGGGCAAGUUGUUUCACCUCUCUGAGCCUCAGUGUCCUCAUCUAUAAAAUGGGAUUAUAAUCAUUGCCCUACCUACCUCACAGGGUAGUUUUUGUGAGGACUAUGGCUGUAUGGGUUUUUUGUAAACUCUAAAUGCCAGGUAAACUUAAAGGAUCUUU